ACUUGAACUCGAUCAAUAUUCUUCCUCCCAAAACCUCUAGAUCCACUAUAAUGGAAGCUGCUUACUCUUCAUCCUCUUCAAUCACCUCCAAGCAAGCAUCACUCCCUCACCACAACUCCACACUCCACUCCGUCAAGAAAAAUUCGGCCAAGCCAUGGCGGAAGCCGGCAGUGGCUCCACUCCCUCCAACCCCACCUCGAGUUUACAAGGUCGAUCCCAUCAACUUUCGUGACCUUGUCCAGAAGCUCACCAGUGCACCCGAGUACCAGAGCGAGCCGACUCGGUCGACUAACCUCCAAAGUGUGGCGCCGCCACCUAUCGAAAUCCAACGAGGAUCGCCUCAUGUUCCUUCUCCGGUUUCGGCUAAGGUUACCGGCAGCACUUCACCGUUUUCGGUUAUGUACAAGGACUUGGCUGAGACAUUAGGGCUUAGUACUCCUCAUCAACAGAAGAAGCCACAGGAUCAAAAUAUCAUGGGAGACUCCAGCUAUCUGAGGUGGAACUUGUCGCCGGCUUCGCAGCAUUGGUUCUCUUUUCCUAUGUUGAGCCCUGGAACACUAACCAGUCUUGAACUCUAGCUAAUUAGUAGGACUAUACUGCCUACACUAGCUGGAGGGAAUUCGAAUAUGGGUGUGGUUUAAUUUUCCCUACUAGUUUUUUGCUUUCAGAGUUUCAAUUGUAAUGCUAGUUCAGUAGUACAGAAGCUGUUUGAUGUGAUUAUUGUAGACAUAUGGAUUAAUUAAUUAAAGAAUAAUUUAAGUAUU